CACCAGGAUCACGGUCAGAAACCCCUAAGCCUGGGCUUCAGGAGGGCGAUAGAUUCCCUGGAAGAGGGGGGAGGGGAAGGAGGGGGGUGUCAAAUAAAAGCGUUCAGCUCAAGGACAGAUUCAGGACUCCUUGCAAAGCAGCCUCGGAGAUAUUUCAAAGGUACCUUACUGAAAGCAGACAUGGAAAAUUCAUCAGUAGCCUCUGCUUCCUCAGAAGCUGGAAGCAACCGUUCUCAAGAGAUAGAAGAACUGGAAAGAUUCAUUGAUAGUUAUGUCCUAGAAUACCAGGUUCAGGGGUUGCUUACAGACAAACCAGAAAAUGACGUGGAGACUGAAAAGACACUGCCAAACCUGCAGUGGAAUGAAGAUUUCACAGACACGCUAGAUGUAAACUGGUCAUCCCCAAAAGAAAAGAACUCCUGCAAACAAAUUAAUCAGAUCUGUAACCAGGAGACAUCUUACGAUAUUCUGGGGACAGAUAUCUGGGCAGUUAACUCCUUUGAAAAUAUCAGUGGAGCAACAUGGGAUCUGCAACCCGAGAAAUUAGAUUUCACCACCUCGUUUCAUCGAAAGCAUUUACAAAACGCUUCAAAGUAUCUCCCUCACAUUGAGCGAGAAGGAAUGGUGAAAGGGAAGUUUGAAGAGGACAGGAACAUUACUUUGAAUGAUCUGGACAAAGUGCUUCCUGUGAGGACGGUCUAUCAGCCAUUAUCUAAUGAAGCUGAAGUUGCACAGACCAAAAAAUUAUUCCGGAGGCGAAGAAAUGACCGUAGCGGUCAGAGCAAUCGAGCGGCCAUUUUUGGCUGCCGAUUGGGGGGCCUUUACUGGUGGCCAACCAAGGUGAUUCUGGGAUGCAGCUGCCACCCCUCGGCGGAGACUGCCGGGAAAUCCGUCGCGGGACCGCCGACUCACGACCGGCCAAGGCACCACCCCGCUGCUGGGCCGAUCCAUAGCCAGACCGUACGUGCAGUUAGCGGCCAGGGAUCGUCGAAAUACGCGCUGUAUAGGCCGGUUGCUGGCAGGGGCAAAGAGGAAGGUCACUGGGUGAAUGUGAGCCUGUCCACGACACACGGCAGCCAUAGCCGCAAGCAGGCCUACGGUCGCGGAGCUACCUCGGGACCGUCCCUGGCGACCAGGCCAAGCUUCGCUGCCCCAACGGCGCUGGCUCCGGAGAACGACACUGGCACAGUCGCCGGGCAACCACGCCCUCCGCACCGGCACCGAUCUGCCGCCGCGCUCACCUACACGCCGAUGCCCCGCCGUCACUGCUCGGAACCUACUGCACCUUUCCUCGCGCCGCCCGGCCUGUUUUCCGGGGUGUCGCCUCGUCCGGCAUUCGUUCGCCGCCGGUUUUACCGGGGCCUCCCGGAUCACGCUGCCUUCCAGCCCCCCCGCUGCCUUUCUUUGCAGCUCCCGCUGGAUGUGGGGCCUCGUGGGAUGGUGGUGCGGAUGCGGGCACUGCAGAAGUACGUGAGGGCAUUUUCGAGUAGCCCCGGCGAGCCCCAUUCCCUUUCAACCAUGCCCGGCGCCCGGGAUGGUGCAUCGAGAGAGCGGGCCGUCAGUCUGGAAAAACCCUCGUCCAAGGGCGACUUGGAGGCCUGCACGUCCCGCUUCGGUACCGAGAGAUUGCGCGAGUCCGAUGCCACCAGCCUGAGCGGGGCCACGCACUGCUAUGCUGCGGGGUGUCAGUUUCUUUACAUCGAACGAGCUCCUGGCAUCGAGAACAGAAAACACCGUGGCCUGACCGACCUGGGCAGCAACAUCUUCUACAGUCCUCAUAGGGACAACCCCCUCAUCCCAGGACUCAGUCUAGUGAACAAUUGCACUCCUUCUAAGGAUGACAUUUCCUUGAGCGUGACUAAUCCUCAGAAAACCAAAAUGGACAAAUUGAUAGAAAUCCUGAACAGCAUGAGGAACAACUGUAGCAAUGUGGACUCCAACCUCUCCAUAUUCAUGCAAGAGGCACAAAACUCAACCAACUCUGAGGAGAUGCUGAACGAGAUAGUUAAAACCAUUUACCACAAGGCCGUAACGGACAGGAGUUUUGCUUCAACAGCAGCCAGAUUGUGUGAUAAAAUGUCUCUCUUCAUGGUGGAAGGAACUAAAUUCCGAAGCUUGCUUCUCAAUAUGUUGCAGAAAGAUUUUACGGUGAGAAACGAGCUACAGCAAACUGAUGUAGAGCACUGGCUUGGAUUCAUCACCUUUCUCUGCGAAGUAUUUGGCAUUAUGCGAAGCAACACAGGAGAGCCCUUCCGUGUGCUUGUUUGUCCUAUCUACACAUGUCUUCGGGAGCUGUUGCAAUCGCAUGACGUCAAGGAAGAUGCUGUUCUAUGCUGCUCAAUGGAGCUGCAGAGCACGGGCAAGCUACUGGAGGAGCAGCUGCCAGAGAUGAUGACAGAGUUGCUGGCAGCAGCACGCGACAAGAUGCUGGGCCCCUCAGAAUCAGCACUGACAAGGUCCCUCCUCCUCGAAGUCAUUGAGCUGCACGCCAACAACUGGAACCCACUAACUCCCACCAUCACGCAGUACUACAACAAAACCAUCCAGAAACUCACUGCUUAAAAAGCCUGGGGAAAAAAAAAAGCAGGGGGGAAAAUAAAAGAGAAACCAGGAAGGUGGAAGAACAAAAUAUAGGAAGGUGCUGUCUUUUUUUAAAUAACAAAAAAAGACUUAUUAUUGGAAAAGGGGAAUGUAUUGUGUAUAAAACAGAACGAUAAGUCACAGCAUGCUGCAACUCAUUUUAUGAGCGCAUUCUUUCAUUCGAGUGCCAAUCCUUCCUUUUCCCCCUCCUGUGUUUUUGCUUGUGGUUGAUCAAUCUACAACACACAAGCCUGUGGUUUGCAGAAGGCUGGAGCUAGCCUGGUAUUGUGUUGAGUGUGUGUAUGUGUUUGCGCUUUGUGUUUUAUUUGUUCUGCCAUUGAGACGUUGUCUUGCCGGGCAGUUGGCAGAAUGUGACAUUUAGCAGAUGGCCAGGCAGAACAAUAGAAAGCAUGUUCUACGCCAGGCCCAAAUCCAAAUUAUCUCAUGCGGGGCUAGGUUUAAAUUAACCUACCUAGUGUUUUUGUUUUUGUUUUUACACUCACUUUUUCUUCAAUGCUCAUUUUAGGAAAGAGGCAAAAACAGUUAAAGUACAUUUGCAGCAGAACUUUGCCUGCAGAUUAUUUUAACACAAGAUGAACGUUCUAUGUGUUUACAAACAAUUUUGAAGCUAUGCAUUUGGUAUAGUGAUUUUCAUUGUUGCAUUUGGUUAAAUGCUACAAAAGACAUGUCUUAGCCAUGUAAGCUAAUACAAAGUUUUGUGUCUCAAACUGUCUGCCAAUAUAUUGAGGGGAUGAUUAUCCCACAAAUCACAGUAUUCAAUUUGGAUGGCAAGUUUGCAAAACAUUUAAUUUAACUCUUUAGUUUUCUCAAGAGUUCACCUGUAUUAACUGGUAAAAUAAUUCCCCACAUCAUUUCUUGUUCAGUCACAUGAUGUGAUCGAAGGAACUAUCUUUAUGAUGAUUCUGUUAGCACAACCAGAAGUGAAACAUGAUGGGUUAUUAACUUGUCCCCAGUUAAUAUAUCACACUGUGGAGAGUUGAGGCAGUGUUAUGCAGAUUAUUUUUUUGACUAACACGUUGCUGCUGGUCUCACUGUAUGCAAAUUGGCUUCUGCCUUUCCUACAAUACAGCACUUCAUAGGUUUCAUAUGAACUGCUUUGGCUGUAAAGUGCUUUGACACAUCCCAAAUUUUUCGUUUGCAUCGUUAUGGAAUAUUGGAAGUUCAGAUUUUCAGUUCCUGACUUUGAACACCACAGUAUGUUGCUCCCGGGCAAUACAUUGCAUUCUCUGUAAUUUGUGUAAUAAAUGCUGUCUGAAUGAUCUUGCGCAAUAAGUGCUAAAUAUACUAUUCACUGACUAGCUAUUGUAAUCACCUUGAUUAUAAUUCAGUGAAUUUGUCGUGACUUUUUUGUUGUUGUUGAAUUUCCAGUCAAUGUUUUCCUGUAUGACUCCAGCUGACAGAUAACAGAGGGGUAACCUGCUCCCUAAUUGCAUCUAUGUAUUUUACAUGUUGUUGAUAGCGACUACAAAUGCAACACUGAAUAGUUGGUAUACAUGAUAAUAAUUCAGUCAAACUGUUAAUUGGUCAGUUAACCAUGAAUUUGGAAUUGCUUACUCCCUUUGCUGUUUGUUAAACAAUUGUAUGCAAUUUUACACUAUGAAAAUCUCCAAUUCUGAUUAAGUCCUUGAAAGGACCUUAUUGGAUGUUGAAAUAUAGACAAGAUGCCAGGUUUAUCUUGGACAUUGAAUUCUAGUGCGCCUGGGUUAGACUUUUGAUAAGGUCUACAUGGCAGGUUGGUCAACGGGAUCCAAGCGAAAAUGGCAAUAUAGAACCAGAAUUUACUCAGUGAGAGAGGAAUAAUUGUUACGUGUUGUUGUUAUUUGGAAGCCCGUUACCAAUGAGGUUCCAUUGGGUUUGAUACUCUCUGUGCUCUUCAGGGCUCUUUGCUCUUGCUUUUUGUAAUGUUAAUGAUUUAGGCUUAAUUGUAGAGUGUCCGAUAAGGAAGUUGAAGAUAAUUCAGAAACUGUGUGUGGUUGACAGUGAGGAGGGACGCUAUAGAGUGCAGGAUGUUAUGGGUGGUCAGGGCAUUUGAGGGGAAAAACUGCAAAUCUAAAGAAACAGGAGGUAAUGCAUUUGGGGAGUUGCAACAAGAGAAGGAAAGGGUACAGUAAGUAGAAGGAUAUAUGUGAUGUAGAAGAGGGGGCUUGCAUGAAACAUUGAUAGAUCCAUAAAGAAAACAGGAAAAGUCACCAACAUGGAGAUACCUGUAGUACCAAGAAUUGAUUUCUUUGAGCUGAGGCAUAGAAUAUGAGCGAGGAGAUAAUGCAUGGACUUUAUACAACAGUUUGCUUACUGUCUACUGGUCACUAUAUUACUGAAACAAUGUGAUUGUCUGAAGAGGGUGCAGAGGAGACUUGUAAGGAUCUUGCCAGAACUGAAAAAUAAAAGAACAAGGAAAUAUUGGGUUAGAAGGGGCUGUUUCCUUUGGAAAAGAGGGAAAUUGUGCUAUACAAGAUUACAACAGACCUAAUAGAAUUAAUGGGAGGAUCCCAUUUCCAUUUGCAGAAGGGUUAAAAAGUGGAUGGGAAUGAUUUUAAGUUACUGAAAAAAGAGAGAUGAAUCUCUUCUGCACCCUCUGUAAUGCAGGAGUCUUGAGACUAGAAAUGUCCCUCAUCUCCAGCUGUGGUCUAACUAGUAUGAUGUACUAAUCUAAUAGAAUCUACCUGCUUUUAUAUUCUGUUCCUCGACCAAUAAAGGCAGUACCCAUGUGUUGUUUAACCACUUUUUUGACCUCCUGCAAUCUCCAGGAAUCUAUGGGCAUACACUACACAAUCCCUUUCUUUCUCUACACUUUAAACUCUCUUGCCUUGUUACCUGAGCUAUUGGACCUUGCAGCAUCAGGCCUUCAUACAAUUUGUAUUCAACACCCCAUUCCCGCUGCCAAUGAACUUAUGAUCCACAACUUGCAAUUUAUUUGGCAUCUUACAAAAUGUAGGGUGAGCCUGCAAAACACUAUAACAAACACCUUUUGUUAAAAAGGAUAGUUUGGUCUUUAUUUAAUGGGUAUAUUGCUGCUCAACAACUUAACUGCUAAUGAUUUCGUUGGAUCUCUCCAAAUGAAGUGCUGCACCCAUGUUAUCACAGUGGCUGUCCAAAAAAACAACUGUCAUUAUAAAUGCUCAUUCUGACACAGUGCUUGUCUGUAAAGAUCAGGAGGGAACCCCUAUUUGACUUCUGUGCUAGGACUGAGCUGAUUAAUUGCAGAUAGGGACUGUACAAUUAGCCUGAGAGGAAAUGUAUCGAUGGCCACUCAUCCUUAGUUGACAGUCUGUUAAAAGCCAGGCCUAGAAUUCUUAUCAAUUUGACUCCUGUUCUAUAAUUAAGUGUAACAUGGAAUGCCAAUUGCUUUUUAUGUUUAAAAAUCGCGGGUAUGGUUGUGCCUUGCAACAUGCAUCGUU